AUGCAAUCCUGGCUUGGUUCGUUGCUCAUAACGCUAUUGGUAUGCUGUCUCGAGAUUGACAAGAUUUUGUGUAAACUGGACGUUGUUCAUGAAACCGGAGCCAAAAAGAAUACCGGCCAGCUGCCAUUCCGGCCAAGUAGUCAAAGUCGCGGAAAGCGACCUCUCGAGGGCAUGUCGAAUCUCCCCCUCUUCCAAAGUCCAUUAGAGAGCCACAAGCAACUAGUCAACUAUGAGGCUCUUGAUAUAUAUCCAAACGGUUCUGAGCUACUCGGGAACCAAAAAGGAGUUGUGAGCAUGGCCAAUGAUCAGGAGCCUCAAUCUCCAAAGCGCGUGAGGUCAGAAGUACUCACAAAGGAAACAAUUGGCUCGCACGCGGCAUGUCUGCCAAGACGGGAGCAGUCACCCGGGCAUCCUACCAGCAUCAUCCCAAACACAAUGUCCAGGGCCCAAUAUGACGAACUAAUUUACCAGGAGCAGCCAACGCAUAUGGAAUUCGUCAACCAAAUGAAUUCCCCCGAGACUCAUCUUGGUUAUCAUCAACCCUUCCAAGACACAACAUUCAAUGUAGUUAGCAUGAACCCAAACACAAUGUCCAGCGCCCAGUUUGAAGAACCUAUUUCUCAGGAGCGGCCAUGGGACGCGGGAUUUGCUGAUAAUAUGAGUUUCCAAGCCCCACAUCCUGGUUUCAAUCAUUUUGGAUCUCAUCAAACGAACCAAAACACAGCGGAGCCGACCAGUUGGUUGAGUCAUCAACCCAUGCAAGACAUAACAUUCAAUGAGUUUACUCUUUUAGGAGCUGAUUACCCGGUACCCUUUUUACCUCAAGGACAAGGCGAAUCGUCGAUUAGGAGUGAAGUAGAGCACGGACUCCACAGUAAUGAUCCUGCUGGUCUUCUUCCACCACUCUGCAAACACUACUCCUGUCAAAUAAUUGACUGGAGUCCGCCUGACAUCAACGCAUCAGCAGCGCUCGCCUCGCAUUCUCUGGUCCCUAAAUUUCUGCGCACAGCACAAGGGCAGACCACUCACGCGAACUCAUUGGAAGAACAUACUGUUUGUGUGGUCCAAAUUCUGGGAAGCCUCAGUGACAGCCCAAGACGAUUGUUACUAUGCGUUCAGAUUAAAUACUCUCAAGCUUCUCGAUAA